AUGUCAACCAACUUGGAGCAUGAUGAUCUCGAAUCAUGCCACAGCCAAAAAACAUGCUCCACUGCUACCAGUCAAUUGGGGCCACUACAAACGUCCCACCUGACAUUUCCAUCUCAAAGCUAUCCCUCUCCACCCGCCAGAACCGUUUUGAAAGGCUACAAAUUCUACAAAGCAGAUCCUAGCCCUGAUGAAGCGGCAACCUGGGCAUGCGCAGAGCGAACCGAACUAGGCAUGAAACAAGAACAGCUCUGCGAGAUGAUCCAUGAGCGAGCAGAAGAUUACUCUGCUAAACAGCAGUACAAAAACCUGAGCCGCGACCAGCGCGCUCAGGUCACCCAGCUGGCCGAAGACCAACGAGUGGAUUAUCCACGGAUGGAAUGGAGUUGUGUCUAUGCCAAAGAAAGCUAUUAUGCGAACAAGGCUCGCAACCCCCAUCGACAUGAUUUCGAGACAGUUUCCAUGAUUAUCAUUCUGAUGGGGAGACCCAUGGAACCGACAAAAUACCCCAGAACGCCUAUGGGAGAGCCCGUCUGGGUAUUACAGAGUCCAAGCACAGCAUUCUGCCCCAAGGCCAGUGAGACGGUACCUGAACCAGGGAUCGGAUUCAAGACGGGUGGUGCCCCCAUCGAUGCUCUCGACUCAACACGGCUCAGGUUUGGGUGGAAGUUGACUACCCUCAACUAG